UAGGAUGAAAUUAGAAAGUGUGGACAGUCAGUGAGUGAGUGAUCUCAGGGGUGAGUUGGGGACUGUGAUCAUCCAGAUACUGGAGAAGAAACCUCAUCAGCCUACUGGAGGAUUGUCAUAACAAACAAAGCCACAGAAAGAGGUCAGGAAGAAGAGAUAAGGGAACAGAGGAGUGUCACAUAAUCCCCAAGAAAAAAACACAUCAAGUCUCUCCGGACCCAAGAACAGAGUUGGCAGGCAUCUGAGAACAGCACACAAAAACUUCCCACCCUUUUCUGCUUGGUGGAUCUAAGUUUUGGGGACCUUUCCAUAGAUAAGAACCCUGGACGUCACCUCUUCAUUCAUUUCUGUCUCUGCGAUUGACUCAGCUCUAAGACAGAAGCAGGUUUUACUUUUGCAAUCCAAGUGCUGUAAUGUGAGACUGAGCUGCACUUGUUCUGAGAGCCAGCAGCACAGAGACUCCCAGCAGAGGACUUCAGCCUACACCAGCCGGAGGAGAGAGUCCACAGCUGGUCACCGCAGACAGUCAGCUGGGUACACCACAAGGCACCAGCCCCCUCUCGGGACACUUCACAUGGUUGAUGCCAGGCUGAGGACUCGUUAGCCUAAACCCUACGACUUCAGGGCGACUUCAAUCGAAGAAACAUGCUGCACUUUGAGGAAUAAGGACUGCGUGUAAAUCUACACCAUAAUGACUCCCCCUUUAAAUGGAAUGUGGAGUAAUCACUGGAAAAGGAAGAUGCAGCAUACGCUCUAUUUUAUUGCUGUUUAUAUUGUAUGUGUCCAGCGCACUGUAUUAUGUUGUGCCAAUUGCAAGGUCAUACUUACUGCCCCCUCUGGAGCCUUCACCUCACCAUGCUACCCCGAACUGUACCCCAACAGUCAGGAUUGCAAGUGGACAAUACGUGCACCAGAUGGAUUUAUAAUACAUGUUACAUUUGUGGACUUUGAUGUUGAAGAAGCUCAGGGCUGUAUGUACGAUUCGCUCUCAAUAAACAAUGGUGAAUCUGUUUCGAAAUUUUGUGGAAUCACAGCUAAAGGUCUCUCAUUUAAUUCAACUGGAAAUGUGAUGAUAAUUACUUUUGUAAGUGACUUUAGCAUCCAGAAAAAAGGUUUCUCAAUUACAUAUAAUAUUGUGGCCGUGUCAUUAAGAAACCAAAAAGUUACCAUUCCACAGAACCAAAGUUCAGGUAUUGUUUCAGUCUCAUCCAAAGUUUCUGUCCCUCCUCUAACACAGUUAACUGUAUGCUUUGAGGCUACAAAAACCAACAACAGCAAAGGGAACUGGAGUGUUUUUUCUUACAAAACCUCAAACAGAGACCUCUUAAGUUUUGGAAAAGAUGUUAAUGGACAUGUGUUGUCUGUCUUGGAUGUUCCAUGCUUUCUUGAUCCUGCCCUGCCUUCAUAUGGUAGGGAAGAUUUUUUUACAGAAUCAUUUCAACAGCUGUGUAUUAUCUGGAAUAAUAGUUUGGAACAAGUAUUUGUGAACACAAAAAAUAGCUACCUUGCUGUUUCCUGUCCAGACGUGAAAGACCUUACCAUUCCAGGUAAUGGGAAUUUGACACUGGGCUCCUACAGUUCUGGAACUGAGCCACUUCAAGGGGAUAUUUACAACUUCCGUCUUUGGGAUACUGCAAUGGAUUCAAGUGCUCUUGCCAACCUCAGCUGUGAAGUAAAGGGAAAUAUUAUAAAUUGGGAAAAUUACUUUUGGAACAUCCCAUCAUGGGCAAGGAAAGCAGAAAGCAACCUUAGUUGUGGUACUUCUUUGCCAACAACUCUUUCAACAGAACCAACUACCUGUGAAAAGCUUGCAGGUGUCUGUCAAGCAACCACAGUAAAAUCCACUGUAGUAACUUCAUCAUCUCCAUCACCUGCUGUAACCUCACCAUCUACUGUACCUACUUCACCUGAUACAACUACCAUCUCAUCAUCCACUAUCAUCACUAACUCUCCUGGUUUGCAUGCUUCCAGUACCAAAUAUGCUUCUGUAACUCCCUCUUUGCCAUCUGCUUUGAUCACUACUAACAUAACCACCUAUAGCCCAGUACCUGCUACGGUAACAGAUUCACCAUCCGCUAUGAUAACUACUAACAUGACUACUAACAGCGUUGAUAACCCAGAACCUGGUGGGACGUUUUAUAGGAUUUCUAUUACUGUGAUCAGUGAUGUUGAUAAUGAUGAAGUAAAAGUCCAAAACUUGGUAUCAAGUUGGCUCAAUGUUACAUUCCGGAACUGGAACUACACAGUUUUUGUUGUGAAUAUUAGCAUUACACCUGUAAAUGUACGGGAAGCCAGAAAUGUGGAGACAGUCAUGAAUAAUAGCUUUCAGCAGAAACUUGCAAGAUUCCGUAGAGGUGUAGAAGACACCAGAAACCAAAGUUACUAUAUCUGGGCCCUUCUGGUGUAUAACAACAGUAAUAAUGUUGUUUUGGAAAAAGAUGAUAUAUUGAAAAAAAUUAAUGGCAGCCAACCCGUUGGCCUUACCCUUAAAGCAGUUGACGUUUAUCCAGUUGAACAUUGUGAAAGUAAAGAAGACCCAACCUCAUACCGGUGGCCUCCUACAAAGCCAAUAACAACUGCAAUUAUUCCAUGUCUAAAAAAUCCAUUUACUGCUUCAAGGACAUGCUAUUUAGAUCUACACAACUAUACAUCAUACUGGGGAGAGCCAGAUCUGAAAAAUUGCACAGAUAAUGCAGAAGAUUUGGCUAAUCAGUUGUUAAACCUUACCGGGAGCGGCCAGGAACUGACGCAAGAAAAAGUUGAUGAUGUUGUUCAAACUCUUAAGAAAAUAGUAAAUGAUGCUGACAUCAAUUCUGACCUGGGCUCAACUGUUGUAAACGUGUUUUCCAAUAUCCUGAGCAGUUCAGACAAUGUGCUAGCAAAAUCCUCUUCUCAAGCGCUUAAAACAAUAGAAGCUUUGGCCUUAAAGAUUCAGUUCUCAGGACAGUCUGUCAGCAUCGUGUCACGUAACUUGUGUUUGGGAGUCUCCAAAGUUAAUGCUACCUCAUACAAUGGCUCAUCCUUCAGCGUUGGACCUCAGAGUAACACAUCUGAUUUAAAGAUUGACAUGAACAAAAGUCCGGACAAUCCAUUGGCAUCUGUUGUCCUCCCAUCCAGCCUUUUGUCAAACCUAAGUCAAAGUGAUUUCUAUACAGUUUCAAGAGCCCAGUUCACCUUCUUCAGCAAAGCUGGACUUUUUCAGGAUCGUCUUUUAAAUACUGGAAACAUUCAAAAACUGAAUAGUUAUGUUGUAGCCUGUAGCAUUGGAAAUAUUUCUAUUCAUGAUCUUACAGAUCCCGUAAAGAUAACUAUUAAGCAUCGUUCGAGUCAGGAAAAUGGUGAUCCAGUCUGUGUCUACUGGGAUAUGAACAAAAAUUCUGGCAGUGGAGGCUGGAGCCAAGCUGGCUGCCGGGUGCUGAUAAAUGAGUCCAAUGCUAAUGAGACCGUCUGCUUGUGCAAUCACCUCACACAUUUUGGUAUUCUCAUGGACCUUCAGAGAACUGACCAGUUUAUUGACAGUCAAAAUACAAAAAUUCUUACAUUCAUUACAUAUAUUGGCUGCGGGAUAUCUGCCAUAUGUACAGCUGCCACACUUCUAACUUACAUUGCAUUUGAAAAAAUCAGACGUGACUAUCCUUCAAAAAUCUUGAUGAACUUGAGCACUGCCUUACUGUUCCUGAACCUAUUCUUCCUCUUGGAUGGCUGGUUGGCUUCCUUCGAAAUUAAUGAGCUCUGCAUAGCCGUGGCUGCAUUGCUUCAUUUUUUCCUUUUAGCUACAUUCACUUGGAUGGGAUUGGAGGCUGUGCACAUGUAUAUAGCAUUAGUAAAAGUGUUCAAUACCUAUAUCCGGAGAUAUAUUCUAAAAUUCUGCAUUAUUGGUUGGGGUGUACCUGCUGUAGUGGUUGCGAUCGUCCUGGCAAGCACACAUAAAGAUAGUGCCUAUGGGAGCAGCUUGUAUGGACAGGAUGCUAAUGGAAAUGGUGAUGCCUUCUGUUGGAUAAGAAACAACACAGUUUUCUACGUGACCUGUGCUGCCUACUUUGCAGUCAUGUUUCUGAUGAACAUAGCCAUGUUCAUUGUGGUAAUGGUUCAGAUCUGCGGCAGAAAUGGGAAAAGGACGAAUCGCAGCAUUAGAGAAGAAGUUUUACGGAACUUGCGCAGUGUGGUCAGCCUCACAUUCCUUCUGGGAAUGACAUGGGGUUUUGCUUUUUUUGCUUGGGGAAGUGUCACCCUAGUGUUCCUGUACCUUUUCACCAUAUUCAACUCCUUGCAAGGUUUAUUUAUUUUUGUCUUCCACUGUGCAUUGAAAGAAAAUGUUCAAAAACAAUGGAGGCGGCAUCUAUGUUGUGGGAAACUUCGACUACCAGAUAAUUCAGAUUGGAGCAAAACAGCCACUAAUAACACAAAGAAGGUCAGCUCGGACAAUCUGGGCAAGUCCCUUUCUUCCAGUUCCUUAGGCUCUAAUUCUACAUAUUGGACAUCUAAAUCAAAGUCUAGUUCAAAUCCAUUCUUUAAUAAGAGGAAUAGUAGCACAGGUUAUAUUUUUGGAGACAGACCCUCAGUCAAGUUUACGCCAGUGGACGGUGAACAGACAUCAAUUCUUCCGGUUCAUCAUGUCAUCGACAAAGUCAAGGGCUAUUGUCAUCCUCAUUCGGACAACUUUUACAAAAACAUCAUAAUGUCAGAUUCGUUCAGCCAUAGCACAAAGUUCUAAGGAUAUAAUGCAGAACUUCCACGUUGGUUCAGCUGAUGAAAGAACUGAAACGAAAAGGGAAUUUAUGUGAACUAUAAAAUAACAAAAAAAUGGAAGUUCAAUUUUUAUCGAAUUAUGCUAAACACUUACUUCAAGGACCUGUAACAUUUCUGUACUUUACAGUUAUGAUGUAGCCUUCUGAAACUCCCAGAAUGCAACAGAACCACAGACAGCUUCUUAGCCUUAACAAAAUAUCCUGAGCCAAUACACUUCAUUUUCAAAGUGUAAUAUGUUACUUUUCUCCAGAACAUUAAUGCUUACAAAUUUACCUAUGCCAUUGUUUUUACAAUUGUUUAUUGGUGUCAGUUUACUCAACCUCAUGCCAAGGCAACCACCUAUCAUUCUCAUCUGUCCUCAUUGCUACACAUCCACACAUGUCCACAAAUUCUGAUAAAGUCUUUCCAUAAUGGGUCUUAGAGAUAGUGAAAAGAACCUGGACCUAUAAGAACCGUAGUAAUUUGCUCAUUUUAGAGUCAAUUCUUUUUUUUCCCACUAACCCAGUGUAGAAAAGUUUGCUUUGUUUUUGACUCUCAUUUAUAUUGAAAUCUUACGUUACAAAAGAAUUGGAGUAUUGAGAUAUCACAGUUUUAUCUUGGAAUGGUAUCAUUACAGUACAAAAAUGUAUAAAGCUAAAUAACAAAGAUGCUACAAUUUCCUAUCUCUACUGUUACAAACCAGGCUUAUGAACACUAAUGGAAUUAUAUAUAUAAGUGGUAGCUAUAAUACUGUUGUCUAAAAUGCAUUAUACACGGUUGGGCUUGUUUCCUAUUGCUUAGAUCAUUUGACUUUAAUGGACAAGGAAUUCUCCAGAUAUUUGUGUUUUUUAUUUUUAAAUUUUAUUUAUUUAUAUAUUUCUAAGUUACAUAACUGUGAAGCGCUAUGUGGCUAUACAGUUUAGGCUCUGGUCACAUUAUCUGAAGAACCAAUGCAUUAUUGCAGGGAAAGCUCGUGGUGCAUAUAUCAAACAUACCCAUUCAAUGUCCUUUUUGGCUUUCACACAUUGGUAUACCUUUUAUUUUGUAAGAUGGACUAGUGUAGUGACUUUGAUUUUCCAUACAAAGGUAUACAUUCAAGAAAUUCAUACUAGAAAGCAUGCUUUUUCUUUACAAUGGGAGUAUAUUAGCAACAUAUCCCACAUUGUGUCUAUACAGUGGGAUAUGUUUCAGCCUACUGUUGGGGGCAUACAUGGGAAGUUCCUCCAAACAUAUAUCUUCAAUGUAGGCUCUCAACGUGAUGUGAACUGAACUUUAAGCUUUUUAUGCACUUUGAUAAAUACAUGAUGAAAAAAAUGUACUAUUCAUUCACUUUUUACUAUUUUUUUUGCAGUUUUUCACAUUUAUAGCUAAAACUAUAAUUUCAGAGGACUUCAGUGACAGAUUCCUUUAAAGGGGUACUCCAGUAGAAAACAUUUUUUUUUAACCAAUUCAAGCCAGAAAGUAAACAGAUUUAUAAAUUACUUCUAUUUAAAAAUCUUAAUCAUUCCAGUACUUAUGAGCUGUUGUAUGCUCCAGAGGAAUUUCUUUUCUGUCUGACCACAGUGCUCUCUGCUGACACCUCUGUCCAUGUCAGGAACUGCCCAGAGCAGGAGAAAAUCCCCAUAGCAAGCCAAUCCUGCUCUGGACAGUUCCUGUCAUGGACAGAGAGCUUUGUGGUCAGACAGAAAAUAAAUUCAAAAAGAAAAUAACUUCCUGAUGAUCAUAACAGCUGCUGAUAAGUACUGAAAAGAUUAAGAUUUAAAUAGAAAUCAUUUACAAAUCUGUUUAACUUUCUGGCACCAGUUGAUUUAAAAAAUAUUUUUUUCCACUGGAGUACCCUUUUAAUAUACACAAUUGUAGAUUUAAACAUUUAAAGCAUACCUCCCAAAGAUGGUCAUGGUGGCAGGAUACCUGCAACUUCUGAGACUGAGACUUGUCCUGAGACUAUCAUGAUCUGGUCCCAUGCAAGUCUAUUUCAAUUCCAUCUUCAGAUCAAGAUAGUCUCUUUCUCUGAGGUAGUUGCUGAGAAUUUUGAACAUAUCAUGCUGCCAGCGCCAUCAUUGGAGAUAAGCUUUGAAUACAACUUUAAAGGGGUAUUCCAGGAUUUUUUUUUAUUUGACUAUGCUACAGGGGCUGUAAAGUUUGUGUAGUUUAUAAUAUAGUGUCAGUACCUGUAUGCAACGGGUUUCUCACAAUUCCUAUGUGAUUUUAACCCCAAUAUUUAUUUUUAACAGCAUACAAAAUGACUGUUGUCUCAGAUUUUUUCCAGGUUGCAAUGUGGCCGAGACCUGACUCCCUAGUCAGCUGAUGACAGGGAGCCUGUCUGCUUCAAUGGUUGGAGGGAUCACUUAGUGGGAGAGAGUUCAAUCUGCAACAGCUGUAGGCACCCUGAUUGAAAACCACACAGAUUUGAAUGGUUGCAGAUCAUUUAUGUUUCAAUGGGUGGGGUGGCUGAUGUGUGGGAGGGAGGAAAAUGGAAUUGUGGGAUUUGUAGUCAAAAUAAGAAAAGUCAAACAGGAAAUACCAGUUGACAAAAAGCUAGCCCCAAGACAAGCGCAGAUCCUUCCUAAGCAUGUCCAUUACUGCCUGUCAGGUACAUACUAAAAUCCCCUUAUGGUGGAUAACCCCUUUAACCAUUAGAUCAUUUUUAAAAUAACAUUUUUGAGGAGCUUUAAGCAAUUGCAAAAAACUUUGUCUUCAACCUUGAAAAAUCUGUUGGCUAAAACCAUAAUCAGAACUAAAAAUAGGAUUAUGUUUCUGCUUCUACUGAGUGCAGUACAAAAAUAGCUAUUACAUGGUUAAAUGGUCAAUAUGUAUUGUUCUUAAAAGAGUUGUCUAAUAAGGAUCUCCCCCUUUUAUGUGCCUUGUUUGGCAUACGGCCAUCAUAGAGAGGCUCUUCCCUGACCACCAUAUACAUAAAAUAGUCAUUUGAUUAGAUCAACCAGUUUAUUUAAUUAAGCAUAUCAGCUUAUACCAAUAACAUUAGGGGUAUGUGAACAGAAAAUCCAGGGGCAUUUUUAUCCCUUUAAAUAUGAUAGUGAUGUGUUUCUAAUAUGGUCUUCUGAGGCUGUACAAAAAAGAAUAUAAGCUUAACUUUCUGUACCUACCCCUGAUCCCUGCAGCUACAGCUGUAACUCAUGUUUUGUCUUCUUCUAGUCGCCAACCAAUUGUCUUUUCUGCCUGUUUCCAGUGAUUGGCUGAGUAGGCAGGUCCUGCUCUGACUUCAUGUCUAGGAAGUAGGCAGAAGAGACAAGUGACAGUGUAAGCAGACAAAACAGACGUUGCAGCAGGACCUGAGAAGGACCAAGGAUAGGCCAGUAUCAUUUUCUUCUUCUGUACAGCCCCAGUAAUAUGAGUUUGUAAACCACAUUGGAAUACCCCUUUAACUGUAAAAGGGCCCAUAAAAAUGAGAAGUUUUUUGAAAUGGUCCUUACACUGAAAG